UGGACGGUUGUGAAGUAAAAACAAAUUUGAAUGUUGUGUAUAGUGAUUGAUGUCACACAAUACGACAGCAGUGAUACACAGAAUGUGCUUGGAUAUAAAAAAGUAACUUACUUCCAUUAACGGUUAUUCUACCCAGUGAAUAUAAAAUGGUAAUACGAAGUCCAGUGUUGUGUCGCCAAAUUUUAAUAAACCAUCGUAAGUUGAACAAACGCAUUACUGAACAAAAUAGAUCAUUUAUAUCAGAAUCGGUAGUAACUAGUGGUGCAACUCCUUGUAUUGAUACAGUGGCCCAAAGAAUUGAAGAAGAAUCAAUCAAAUACGCAGCAAUACAAAGUAAUGACUUACGCGUUCGUCUCGCACAGCCGCAUAUGCUUCAACCCAAGCCAGAAGCAAGUGAUUUAGUAUUCGGAAAAAAUUUCACUGAUCACAUGCUAAAAAUAUAUUAUCAUCAUCAUUUAGGAGGAUGGCAGAAACCUGAAAUAACACCAAUAGAACCAAUACCACUUCAUCCUGCAGCCAAAGUUCUACAUUACGCUGUUGAAAUUUUUGAGGGUAUGAAGGCCUAUAGGGGAAUUGAUUGCAAAAUUCGCCUCUUUCGUCCUGAUUUAAAUAUGAAACGUAUGAAUGUUUCUGCGCAAAGAACUGGACUGCCAUUGUUUGAUGGAGAUGAAUUCAUAAAAUGUUUAAGCCGAUUAAUUAACAUUGAUCAAGAAUGGGUUCCACAUAUCGAAAAUGCAAGUCUUUACAUACGGCCGACAAUGAUAGGCAUAGAUCCUGUGCUAGGAGUAUAUUAUCCCCGAUCAGCUCUACUUUUUGCAAUUUUAUGUCCUGUUGGUUCCUAUUUUAAACAAGGAAGUGCAAUUUCAUUAUUGGCAGAUCCACGUUAUGCACGAGCAUGGCCAGGUGGAAGCGGAGACACAAAAACAGGCGCUAAUUAUGGACCAACAAUUUGGCCGCAGCGAAUUGCUUCAGAAAGCAAACUUGAUCAAAUUUUAUGGCUUUUCGGGGAAGACCAUCAAUUGACUGAAGUAGGAACAAUGAAUAUAUUCAUGGUAUAUCUCAACAAAGAAGGAGAGAAAGUACUUAUAACGCCGCCAUUAAACGGUUUAAUAUUGCCAGGAAUUACAAGAAAAGCCAUACUUGAAUUGGCAUGCGAUAUUAGCGAUGUAAAAGUAUGUGAAAAGACAUUCAAUAUGAAAUUUUUAUUGGAUCUUUUGGAAGAAAAUAGAUUAUUAGAAUUAUUUGGCGCUGGAACAGCAGUUAUAGUUACACCGAUCGAAUCCAUUGUUUAUUUAGGAAAAAAAUAUAGACUGCCGACUCUGGAAACACCAAAUCCAUUAUAUGUUGCUUUAAAAACAAAGCUAGAAGAUAUUCAAUAUGGGAGAAUUGAACAUCCUUGGGCUACAGUUAUUCAAAGCUAA